AUGGAUCCGUGGGCUGGCUCCGGCUACGGCGCCAUGAUUCAGGUCACCAAUAGCAAUACUGAAGGAGCUAUUGGUGAUGGUGUUCUUGAGAAAAUUGUAGGAGUUUUGGAAGGUGUAGUAGAAGAGGUUGUGGAAGAGAUUUGGCUAACACCUCCAGUGCCAUACACAGGUCAGACUUUUAGCUCUAAGCUGGAGGCAAGGGAGUUCUACAACUCAUAUGCAAAAAUAAUUGGCUUUUCUAUCCGUACAAGCACUACACGCCUUUCCAGCUUGUCAAGGGAGCAAAACAAGGUUCAAUUUCUAGUUCCAUAUGAGGGGAAAGAUGUUGGCAACUUCCGCUCCACUAUUAGAAGAACAGAAAAGGUGGAGUGCCUAUUUUUGGUUGAUAGUGCUGCAAGGCAUGCCUACAUUGAAUCUUACAGUGAUUUGGUGUCUUUUGAUGCUACCUAUAUGACGAACAUAUAUGAUAUGCCAUUUACUCCAUUUAUUGGUAUCAAUAAGCAUGGGCAAUCAUUCAUGUUGGGUUGUGCCUUCAUAAGGGAUGAGAAAACUCCUAGCUACAUCUGGUUGUUUGAGACAUUCCUAGAGGCAAUGAAAGGUAAAUCGCCUAUGAGCAUUAUCACUUAUCAGGAUGCAGCUAUAAGGGCUGCAAUCACGCAAGUUUUUCCAAACACAAACCACAAAAAUUGCCGAUGGCAUAUAAUGGAUAAGUUUUCUGGAACAAUACGGCCUGUACUAGACAAGGAUGAAGAACUAAGAGAUGACUUCAAAGAAUGCUUGAACUACACUGUUACUCCGGAUGAGUUUGAAACAAAAUUGGUGGAGAUGAUAAACAAAUAUCAUUUGGGAGAUGAUGUGCAUUUUCAGCAUCUCUAUGCGAUCCGGAGCAGCUUUAUCCCAGCUUACUACAUGCACUAUUUUUACCCCUUCCUGCAGUCAACUCAUAGAAGCGAGGGGUUCAAUGCUGUUAUGAAAAAGUAUGUGAAUCCCAACAUGUCUGUUUUGCAUUUUGUUAAACAAUAUCAAAAGAUCCAGGAUAAGUGCCUUGUUGCUCAGGAUGGUCAGGACUUUAGGAAAGAUGACAAGGCAAGAAGGAGGUGGUCGAAAUAUCCUAUCGAGAGGCAUGCAGCAAGUGUGUAUACCAAAAAUCUUUUCUACAAGUUCUCAAAGGAGUUUGAGAAAACUGCAGAGUAUGAUGUGAAACCUGAAGGUCAAUUCCAGUAUUGGCUAGUGCCGAACAACAAUUUUGUUUAUGGGUAUGGCAAAAGGAACUACCUUGUGACAACACUUGAGGAAAAGGAAAGUUACUGCUGCGAGUGCAGCAAAGUUGAUAGAGAUGGAAUGUUGUGUUGCCAUAUAUUGAAAGUGAUAACAAGAUUGGGUGUGAAGGCUAUUCCUCAGCUGUACAUAUUGAAAAGAUGGACACAAAAAGCAGUCCCUGACAAUGAGGGUGAUGCGCCUAAUGCCCAUGUGCAAGCGGAUUUCAUAGUGCGUGGUAUGCCAUUGAACAACAAAAAGACUGUGUGGUUUACCAAUCUCUCUACAUCAUUUGCAAAAUUGGCAGUUGAGGGCUAUGCAUCAAAGGAGGUGUAUACUAUUAUGGACAAUCACAUAAAACAGAUUCGAAUUGAGGUUGAUGAAGCUAAGAAAAGGAAGAAGAAAAACACGCAGAGGGGGCGCAAAUGCCAAGCAUCUAUCCCUAAACCUGAAGCACUUAAUAGUGUGCCUGCUGGUCCUGGUGCAUCUGAAAAUGCAAGUUUAUUGGCUCCCAUCCCAACUGAUCAGAGCAGUAGUGCCCCUGAGGACAAUCCUGCUGAAUUGGCUGGUCCAGUUGCAAUACCAGCAAGUAUGAGUAACCCCCCGAGGUCAAAAGUGAAAGGGCGCAAGAAGGAGAAAAGACUGAAGAAGGGGAUGAAUGCGGAAUCGAAGAGACAGAACAAGUGCGGGAUCUACAGGUUGACUGGUCACAAUGCUGCAAAGUGCAGCAGUAAAAAGAAAAUAGAGGAUGGAAAGUUAGGGUUCUAG